AUGUCCUCCGUGUCUGUGACACAGCGUAUACAAACGCUAUCAGACACGUAUAAGGCGACACUGUCCCUAAUCCAGGAAUUGCAGAAAUUUCCGAAUGGAGGCAGCUCAUCCACUGACGAUCUGGACGAACAGAGGCUAGAUUUAGCCAAUACAUGUCACGAGAGCCUCAAAAGCGCAGAAGAGAGUCUAGAAUUGCUACGUCAAGAAGUAGACGACUAUGACGGUCAUAUGAACAGACGACGACUAGCCUCACCUCGAAACGAAGAACAGGAACGAAAUGCAACGACCGUGGCACGAUUAGCUGAGGACAUUCGUAGUGCCAGGGGUGCUUUUCGCCGAGCACAGCUGCAGUCGAAGAAGAACCUCGAUGCUAGGAAACAGAAGGAGCGUGAGCAGCUCUUUGCGAAUAGGCGGACUGGCGCAAAUGGAUCUGCGACUGCACCGGGGAGACAACGAGGCCAUGAGAAGCUGACGCAGGAUGAACUUGCGCAGGACGCUGCAGAAGAUGUCACAAGAGCGCUGAGGAGAACACAUGCUUUGCUAACCAGCAAUCUACAACAGAGUCAGUUCGCACAACAGACGUUGGAAGAAUCUCAGGAACAGCUGCAGGGUCUUUCAGAAAGGUACACAGGCACAACCGACAUGCUGCUGAAAAGUCGGACAAUCGCUUGGCUGGUAUUCCGGCGAUGGCUAUACGGUCCACUUUGGUGGUUUGUGUGGUUACCCCUGAAACUUGUGUGGUGGGGCUUUGCUUUUGUAUUUGGCGGAUCGGCCGCCACAAAGGGCACGGAUUUCAUGAGGAAUGAUACCAUGGCAGUUACUUCACAAACUGGACUUGGUGUCUCGGACAGCAGUAUGAAGCCACAACGAAGCAUCCAGCCUUUCUCAAUGUAUGGCGCAGGUCAAAAGGAACCCAAAAAUCCUGAAGCUGAAGUGCCACCUAGUCCAGAAACUGUUGAGCAUGUCAAGAAACUGAUAGAUGAGGCCAAAGAAGGUACUACUGUAGCUAAAGAGGACGACGAUCAGCCGAGGAACCCGAAGAAGAGAAUGAUGGAAUUGGAGAAAGAACAGGCCAGUCUUAGAGAGGAGUUGUAG